CGCGACGUCUGGAUCGAGAUCGAUCGCACCUGGAAAUUGGAAAUAUCGAAAACGCAAGUCGAUUCCGCGGCAGGGAAUCUAGGAUCGUUAUUCAAGAUUGAGACGUUCGAUGAAAGGUUUCCCAGUACACAGCGACUCGCAUCACGAGCCUGUGAAUUUGCCAUCUAAACGUUUCAAUCGGCAGCGAUAUACCGACGCAGAAAACAAGCUGAGAAGAGACGAUCGACCGACCCGCGAAGCAAGCGUUCCCAGCCUUUAGUCGCGUACCGGCCACCGCGCAUUGCACGUCGCGAGGCGUUCGUAUCCGGACGAACGAGGCUCCUGUUCCAUUCCACUGACAGAGGACAAGGGAGAAAGAGAGAGAGAGGGAGAAAGCAACGCAGCAAAAGACAGAAACAAAGACAAAGGAAACAAAGGAAGAGACGAAUUUACGUUCGAACUUUCCGCAAAUUUUCUUCUAACCUCCGUUCAGCAAUUUAAUCUAGACCUCAGUGUCCGAUUUAAAACGGAAGAAAAAAGGUUGAAGCUCGAAGAGUACAUAAGAUGGUGACCAAGUACGAAAGUCUCGCUCUGAGUUGACGAGGGUUCUUUUUAGAAGAGGUCAAACCGAGUAAGGCAUUAACCGGAGAAGAAAGGGAAGAGCAGUUAAAUACACGCGCAUUGUAAUCUUUGCAACGAGGAGCAUAAGCAGCAGCCAUGGAUCCUUACUCGCUGAGUGUUGAACGCGAGGCGUCGAAGAACAUCGAGGAAAAUGAGAGGGAAUGCUUCAAAGACGCGAUCGUGUCGAGCAGAAGUCUGAACAAAGGCUUCGUCGAACCUACUACCAUAAAAAAUGCCAUACCCGAGAUCGCUUCCUGUAUCAUUGCCGCGUCUUUCCACAUAUCGGUAGGACUGGCUAUGGCGUAUUCGGCUAUUCUGAUUCCUCAUCUCGAGGCUGAAGACGCGGAAUUACACGCCACGCAGGAACAGACUUCCUGGAUCGCUAGCGUGGUAGUAGUGUGCACACCUUUGGGCGCCGUACUAGGUGGAUUUCUAAUGGAGACUGUUGGAAGAUUGCGAACCCUUCAAUUCGGUUCUAUCCCCUUCAUAGCCAGUUGGAUUCUUAUAGCAGUUUCGACCAAUAUCCCGAUGGUUUUAGCUGGUAGAUUAUUAGCCGGGUUAGCCACGGCCUUGGCAACCUCGCCAGCUAUCGUCUACAUUACCGAAGUCGCACGACCAGAACUUAGAGGAUCGAUGAUAUCUUUCGGUCCAACUUUGGCCUCGUUCGGCAUGGUGCUUUCGUACUUAAAGGGUGCUUACAUUCACUGGAGGGUGGUGGCCUGGGUCAGCAUCAUUUAUGCCCUCGUGCCAAUCAUUUUGGUACAGUUUUUCGUCCCAGAAUCGCCUGUGUGGCUCGUUUCCAAGGGACGAUUGGAGGAUGCAAAGAAAUCCCUAGAAUGGUUGUACAAGUAUGAAGUGAAGCAAGGGAAAGUGUGCGCCGCAGAGGCCCAGUACACUACGAUCGUAAAAGAGAACGAGAUUAAAAUGAACGAACAAAGAAAAAGCAAACACGGUGGUGUCUCAGCUAAAAUGAGGGCAUUCUUGAAGCCUACAGGAUGGAAACCGAUGAUGAUACUUUUUUUAUUCUUCUCCUUUCAACAGUUUUCUGGCAUCUAUAUCACUCUUUUCUAUGCUGUCACGUGGUUUCAAGAAGUCGGUUCAGGCGUGGAUCCGUACAUAGCCUCAAUUCUAGUCGGUGUAACACGUUUCCUGUGUUCGAUGGUGAAUACCUGGUUGCUAAGGCGAUACAAGAGACGGCUCCUAUGUAUAAUCUCGUCUUUGGGAAUGGCGACUUGUAUGACGGUUUCCGGUUACUACACUUAUCUCAUUAGGAACGGAGAUCGUUCUGGGUACUGGGUUCCUGUACUAUGUCUGUUACUUUACGUUUGCACAUCUAUGGUCGGUAUGUUGACUAUUCCGUGGACCAUGACAGCAGAAUUGUUCCCCACUGAGAUCCGAGGAAUUGCUCACUCUAUCAGCUACUCCAUAGCCAAUAUGUUGAUGUUUGCCGCUCUACAAAGUUAUAGAAGUUUACAAGAUUUUCUGGGUGGAUCCCACGCUGUGCAAUGGUUCUUCGCUGGUGUUUCCAUCACAGCUGUCGUAUUCGUAUGGUUGUUGCUUCCAGAGACUCACGGCAAAAAGCUCUCCGAGAUCGAGGAGUAUUUCCACAAUCAUUUCUUAGCUGUUGGGGUCGAGUCCAAGUCCAAGAGGAAGCGGGUACAGAGAAGGAAGCAGCGAAAUAAUAAAUCGUCCGCCACGGAACCACUGAAUCCGAAAACAAUGCAAAAUGUGUAAAAGCUUUCUUCCAUAUGGCUGAAAUUGCAAGAUGCAAAAAUAAUUUCUAGCCGAGAUCUGUAAGUAUACCGUUCCCUCUAUACAUGACACACGGAUCAUUUUUUAGUUCAACUUGUUACCUUCGUAAAUGAUAAAACACGAGGAUGCGCACUAAGAUUUUUAUAAAUGAAGCACUGAUUUACUUUGAUAUUGUUAUGAUCGUUAGCAUUUCGGAAAACUGGGAAGAAAGGUAAAAAUGAAUGUAUGCAUGUGUAUGUGUCUGAGAAAGAGAGAGAGGAAGAACGAGCGUGAGAGAAUGAGAGAAAGAGAGUGCAUUGCGAAGCUGUAUAGUUUCAUAUUUAAAUUUUUUGUUUUCAUAUAAAUAAUCGUGUGAGAAGAAAAGAACGAAAGGAAAAGAAUAAAAAAAGAAAAGAAAAAUAAUGGAAAAGAAUAUCAAGUGUUCAUAUUUUCGAAACUGGACGAAACGUGACGAAUUUUAGUGAUAUGUUUCGUCAACAAUGUAUGAGAGGAGAUGAGUAACCUCAUUUAUUCCUGUUGAAGGAAAAUUUUAAAAUAAAUAUUCAUAGGAUGUUACAAAUGAACCAGUGAAUCGGCAGAUUCCUGCGCUUACUGGUUUACUUUAUUUCACGAUAAGAAAAAUAGCUUUGAGAGGCGAAUACUUGCACGUGUGAAUUCGUGAUACACAUGUAUAUAGACGUGUCACUGUAUACAGAGGGAGAAAUUAUCUAUAAUACGCAUGCGCUUACAACGUGAUAUUUCGAAGGCAACUAGACGAGAAUUUGUACCAAAAAUUAGCGAACGAUUCUACACGAGACAUAAAACAGUAUUAUACGUUGAUUUGAUACAGCCUUCCAUAUUAUAUUUAUAUGGAUGGCCGUAUAGAAAAUGUUUCUCCGCUCAGAAAUGAAGGCUAAAUACGUGCCUAAGAUUAUUUUUUUUCUUACGUCGUAGAUCGUUUCGUGAAACACAGUUUGCCAUUUUCAGGCACACAUAGCAUUCCCUUUUGGAAAUAAAUUGUUAACAACUUUGCUGUGAUUUACCAAUAUUUACAAACAAACCUCGUGCAAUGAGAAAAACAGUAUCCUGUUUUGCCUGCAGAGCGUACAA